AUGUUUGACCAUCAUGCGCCGUGGAUUAUGGUUGGCGAGGCAUCCGAAACCGUGUCCAUUUUGGAGCGGGAGUGCUUGGCUCAGGAUCAUGCUGGCUCAGUUCGCAUAGCCGACGCCGAAAGCAAAGCAGCAGAGAUCAAGCUGGAGAAGAACUCCUUGAUCCGGGCUCUUCCGGCCGAAAGGGAACGGCACCUACUCCAACUUUGUCAGCGCCGACGCGAGUUGGAGCUGGAGGUUCAUGCGCAGGUUCACGAUGCUGAGCAGAGAGCGCUGUCAGAGGAGCAAAGUCUCGAGAUGGUGCAAAAAGCAUUGUCUGAUGCCAAAGCGCUACACUCCAUGAUGCAGCGCCAGGUUGCAGAGUUCUCCGCUCAUGCCAAAGACCUGAGCUGUCAACUUGAGCAGCGAGUGCGCGAGGCAGAGCAUUCUGGAAGCUUCUUGGCCAACAGAGUCCGAUCUGACGGAGACUGUCGAAAGCAGGCUGCAGAGGACUUCGCCAAAGACGAAGGAACUCGCAUUGCCGCCAUUGCGGCCUUGCCCCGGCCUGAUGACUCGAUUUGCGCGUACAGCGCGUACAGCGCACACGAGUCCUUGGUGCCCCGAGUGGCUUCCGCGCACUGCGGAGGUAUGCCGGACCCGCAAUUCACCAGUGACCAGGUGGCUGAGGUGCUCGGCCGACUGACAACAGUUGCUGCCGAGCGGGGCCUUCCAGCAACAGAGACGGCUGGGAGCGCGGAGGACUUGCCGGCUAGAUGGCAGGCCGUGGUUGCGGCAGCCGCUGUGAACCCGGAGCUGGACCCGGCCAGCCUCGAGCAGCUCCGUGCUAUAUACAACUUCAUCGAGGUUGGAAGCCGCUUCUCUUGA